AGGGGUUGUGAAGAGGGAAGGAGAAGGAAGGUGCGGAAGGAUAUUCAAAAAUGACGUGUCGGUGACAUACAGGGCGUUGCUGAUUGGUUGGUUUGAACGAUGCUGCGCGGGCUGCUCCGGCGCGUGGCUCCAACCGUCACCUUCAGGGUGGAGGCCCCCACCCUCCGGGCCCUCUCCCCGGGGACAUCCCUCUCGUCCCGGGCCCUCUCCCCCCGGGCCUCCAGGCCUCUCUCCUGGGCCGCAGCCUGUCCGCUCCGCGCUUUCUGCAGCGGGUCAGGCGGCUGCUGGCGGUGUGGGGCGGAGCGGGCCUCCGGGGAGGAAGGGGCGGCGGCCUUUUUCUGCCCGUCCUGCCGCGCCUUGCAGCCCCCGGACCGGCGCCGCGACUACUUCCAGCUGCUGGGCCUCCAGCGCCGCUACCGCCUGGAUGUCGAGCAGCUGCGGCGGAGCGUGCGGCGCCUCCAGCGGGAGCUGCACCCGGACAACUUCAGCCGCGGCUCCGAGGACGAGCGCCGCUUCUCGGAGGAGCAGUCGGCGUUGGUGAACGAGGCGUACGGGACGCUGCUGAGGCCUCUGUCCCGGGGCGUGUACCUCCUGCGGCUGGAGUUACCGGGAGAAGCCGGCCUCGGGGAGGGACUGGAGAGCGGGGAGGAUCCCACCUUCCUGGCCGCCGUCCUGCGCCUCAACGAGCGGCUGGAGGAGGCCCGGGGCCCGGAGGAGAUCGGGCAGGUGUCCGAGGAGGUGGAGGCACGGCUGCGGGAGCUGGACGGGGAGGUGGCCCGGGCCUUCGAGGGGGGACGCCCGCGGGAUGCCCUGCCGCUGCUGAAGCAGAUGCGAUACUGGAGCAGCCUCGGGGAUCGGAUAAAGGAGCGUUUGCUGCCCCGCUGAGAGGCCGCCGGGGGUGAAGACUUUCACUGUCUAACAUGGGUAUCCAAGGAUUGAUGACCUACGUUGGAGAAAAUCAUAAUUUUUUUAAUAAUGUCAAGCUACAAAAUACAAAAAUUGUGAUCGAUGGCAAUAACUUAUUUCAUAGACUUUAUUUUGACUCUGGAAUCGAUCUUAAACAUGGAGGUGUGGGACCAGGAGUGCGCUGGUUGAUCAAAUAUUCUGGAUAGCAUAACCACUGUAAACUCUAAUGCUUUGAGACAUCAACAUCCCUUGAAAGUCUUUGUAAAAACAUCAACACCCCACCUAAAAUCGAUAUAAAAACACACAGUAAGUAAUAGAAAUGUAGCGCAGGUGGUUUACAUAUCACUUAUAUUUUAUUUACAGCAUAAAUACGCAGCCAUCGCUGUAUGAGAUAUAUAAUUGAUGAUUUAUUGAGUGUCCUGGUCAAUAAGGUACCAAUUUAAACAAAGUUUGCUGUACUUUUAAAUGUAUCAGUAAACUUAUCAAAAAAGUAAUACCAAAUCCAAUAGAAUCCAGUUUGAUGUCUAAAUGUUUUUGGUUAUUCUAUAAAGUAAGGUUUUACUUGAAAGACUUGACAGGUACAUUCUCCCAGUAGGAAAAAACGUUUUGAUAAGUUGUCCAAGGAUUUCUAACACUUUAAAUCUUCAGUGUAAGGUGCUUGCUUUCAUAUUGUUUUGAUCACCACCUACCAUUGGAAAUGGGAUGUUAACUAAGUUUUAUUUAAUCAGCUUUGGAACAUCAUAAACUAUCACAUGAAAAUUUAUUUAUCUUAAUUAUGCCAAUUUAAAAAUAAUCUUUUAUUAAAGGUUUACCAGUAGAAUAAUGCUUUAUUUCUCCAUUUACUAUCUUUUAAUUUAACUCUCCAUAUGGUCUUUUUUUAACAUAAAUGUUGUUUGAUCCUAGUGUCUAAUUGUACUCCUACAUAAGAAGUUUUAAAUGCCAUUAUGGUUCCAUUAUCACUCCUGUCAUUAAUAUCUUAUUUUUAUGCCUGUGUGGUGAUGCCAUGAGUCUUUAGGCUUCCUUUUCCCUGCCAUAUUUCUUAUGCCUUUUCAUUUUGUCUGCACUGAGUUCUAGUCUAUUAACUUAUUAAUUAUAGCGUUUGUGUGUCCUACCUAAUUUGUUAUACUUCUCUAACAAACCUAUAUUUCCAAAUAUGUAUCAUUAUAGGAUGUUUAUGGAAGAUUCCCCUAAGUCAUACCACUUCUCUCUUGAUCAUCACAAUAAUACUUCCUUAACUUUAAAUUUUAUUUGGUAAAAUAAUGCUGCAUCAAGCCUGAUCUGUAACAUGUUUUGACCUCCAUUCACAAUAUCACGUUCUGCAAAUAAGCUAUGGUAUUAUCAUGUGCAAAGUAAAGUACCCUCCAUUCAUUUCAAAA